AAAGCGAUGAGCCCCGGGGGCGCGGGCUGCUCCUCCCUGCUGCUGUUCAGUGUGGGCUGGCUGCUCCUGGCGGGCCUCCAGUCCGCGUGCGGAACAAAAGUCACUGCCCUCCAGGAAGCCUCCUUGGCCCGCGAGGGCGAAGCCCAGGGCGAUAACGAAGCUGAGCAGGAGGCCUCGGAGACCAUGGAGAACAAUGACAGCACUGAAGCCACAGAAGGCAGUGAUGGCGAGGCUGAGAACGAGGCCCAGCCUGAGUCGGAGGAGGAUGUUGAAAAUGGAACAGUAGUCAAAGAAGUAGAAUACGGGAUGUGCACUGUUACAUGCGGUAUAGGUAUUAGAGAAAUUAUAUUAACAAAUGGAUGCCCUGGAGGUGAAUCCAAGUGCAUUGUGAGGGUGGAAGAAUGCCGUGGACCAGUAGACUGUGGCUGGGGUAAACCAGUUUCAGAAAGUCUUGACAGUGUUAGACUGGCAUGUGUUCAUAUAUCUCCUGUAAAUCGUUUCAAAUAUGUUUGGAAAGUUAUAAGGCCAGACCAACAACCUGUUAUACUUAUGAAUGAUUCAGCAAUCCUGGAUGUUCGGAGAGAAGUUCGCCCCCAGGCGUUUGAGUGUGACACUUACGAGAAUAAUGAAAUAAUAUCUUCUGUUAAAUUCACAAUCUAUACAGCAAAUGAACUGCAGAUGAAAAGAUCAGUACGGCCAGACACUGAUGCUGUCCUGGUCUUUGUGCUGACUAUAGGAGUCAUUAUCUGUGUAUUCGUGAUAUUUGUACUGAUCUUCAUAAUUAUAAACUGGGCUGCAGUCAAGGCAUUUUGGGGAUCAAAAGCUUCAACAACUGAGAUACAUUCUGAUCUUAGUUCAAUGAGAUAUAAAGAUUCAACUUCUCUUGACCAAUCACCAACAGACAUACCUGGACAUGAAGAAGAUGCUUUAAGUGAAUGGAAUGAAUGAUGAAUGGGUGAUAAAUAGCAAGCCAAAGAAGACUAGAAAAUAUUGGAUUCAUUAUUAUAAAAAUAAAUGAGAAAUUACUUUAAUAAUACCAAGAACAAUUUACUAUAGUCUAAAGGAAGUACAAUGUAAGAAGAGUUAGUCUUAAUCAGUGAAUCUUUAUGGUAGUUAUCAAAGAUUACUUAAUUUUUCUUCAUUUUUACUGUUUUAGGUAAUAACUGAUUACCUUUAGCUAGAGGCGCGCACACAUUCUUCAAACAUAUUUUGUAUUACUUUGAUUACUCCUAAGGUGAUUUUUCUGUUCUGUCCCAAAUAAAAAAAUGUAACAUUGAA